AUGUCUACGAUUUACCAUGAAGAGGGUAUUGAUCUUUCCGCAUCGAAUCCGUGGGGACAGUUCGAAAACGAAGUUGAGCGAGAGCAGGAUCGUGUUAUAGCGGAACAAAUGCUCGGGCGCAAGGCAAAAAAUAAGUUGAUCCCAUUCGAUGCCAGCAGCGAUUUCUACACUAACGCCCAGAAUUACGUCCGGAGUAACUGGGUUAAGGAAGGUAUCUGGCGAGAAGAAUGGGGCCCAGCGUCGUCACCGGAUUCCUUGCCCUUUUGUCCCACCUCCCACGCGGUGCCAAGUUCUCUAUGGGGCCAUGAGAAGCAGCCAAAGCCGGCUCCCCCAAGCCACGAGUUGGCAUCUCACCCCAAACCUCUUUUUCCAUUAUUUGGAGGGAUGCCCAAGAAGAACGAAGCUACACUCGAUGCGACAACAGCAGCUCAACCCGAAGCCCCCAUUGAACUUGACGCACCAUCUCGACCCAUCAACCGCUUCCGUUCUCUGAUGGCCAGGGAGGUCGAAUGGUUACGAGUACAUCUAAUGGACUAUGCAAAUGCCACGGAGAAAUCCGACGACGAACUCGAAGCCGAAGCCUAUACAAACAUCAAGGACUUUUGGAAGGAGUGCAGGAUUUGGAGGAAGAAUUGGGGACCAAUCCCGGGGCUGGUAUGGGCACACGAGGACUUUCACGAAUAUAUCCGGAAACAACAAGCUGCGAAAGCAUUAGCAGCCACCGAGAGGAAGGCCGUUGGUGAAGAGUGUCUUUGUGCUAAGUGUGGACGUGAGACCAGGUUCCCCAGGGGAAGAACAAGCAGCCCUGAGAACCGACCUGCUCCUGGACAUAAACAACCUGCUCCUGGAUAUAAACAGCCUGCUCCUGGACAUAAACAACCUGCUCCUGGACAUAAACGACCUGCUACAUCACAGGGCACCCAAACUGAGCUACCCGAUGCAGGUGCGAAGCCAUCGCCAAGAACGGAUGGAAAGGUUGUUCAUGCCAAAACCAGCAGUGCCAAGCGAGCUGAGCCUACUGGUGAUUCAAGUGAGGCGGGGAGUAUUGCUAAGAAGGGUCUUGGAACUGCAGAGACAACCAAGCUGGUUCGUGAGGGGCCUCCGGCAAAGAGAAAGAGAUUGUAG